AUGAGUGCGCUUGGCCCCACUCCCGGCCCUGGUCUCUACUACAUUGAUGACAGAGGAGCCCGGCUGAAAGCCCCUCUUUUUUCCACGGGAAGCGGAAACACGUAUGCCUAUGGAAUCCUGGACAGUGGCCACCAGCCCGAUCUUAGUGUGGAGGAGGCCUAUGAGCUCGGCCGAAGGGCCAUCUGCUAUGCCACCCAUCGUGACGCCUAUUCGGGCGGGGUGGUAAACAUGUACCACAUGAAGGAAGAUGGCUGGAUCCGUGUCGGGCGGACGGAUGUCAGUGACCUGCUCCACCAGUAUGUGGAGGAGAAGAAAUGAGAUGGGCAGAUGACCGCAAGCAUGGAGAUCUUCUGAUACUCAGGGCUGACAGAGAGGAAAGGGAUGGGGGACCGUCCCCCCUGUCUUUUCACGGGGCAACAAUAAACCGCAU